AUGAGCUUGUCAACGGUAACAUGUGGCUCUUCAAUGUUAUGGCUUCAUGUUGUUCAACCAAACUUAACAGCAGGUCACUAUGGUUAUAUUGCUGAUGAAUAUAAUCGUCAUGUAAUAUUACGUGGCGUUGAUGUUGAAACUGAACAAAGAAAUAUUCCUGCUGAUCAAGAUAGACCGAUUGAUCCUUCAUUAUAUGAUGGUCAAUGUCCAUCUAAUAUAAAUGUUUAUCAAGAACCUCCUACAUGUGAAAUAGAUUAUGGCAAAGGAAUGUAUAAUAUCAAUGAUGAAUGGAAUAGUCAUAAUGACUUUGCUCAAAUAAGAAGAUGGGGUUUUAAUGUUGUUCGAUUAUGUUUAAGUUGGAGUGCACUAGAACCAACACCUGGAAAUUAUAGUGAAAUGUAUUUACAACGUGUUGAACAGAUUAUUGAAUGGGCAUCCGAACAACAAGUCUAUGUUAUACUUGAUAUGCAUGAGGACUUAUAUUCUCGUUAUAUAUUUGGUGAUAAAGAACAUGAAAUUCCACCUUAUUUAACAGCAUCCGAUGGACAAGAUGGUGCUCCUCAAUGGGCAGUUAUGACUGAUGAUUGGCCUGCAUUAGCAUUCUUUGGUAUUGGAAAUUUAAAUCUAGCAAUGAUGAAAGCAUUUGAUAAUUUUUAUAAUAAUUCCAUACCACCGAAUGCUACACAAGGAAAUGCACCUGGACCAGGUUUACAAGACCAUUAUAUUGGAGCUAUUGCAUUUUUAGCAAAGAAAUUUGUGAAUAAUAGUGCAGUUCUAGGAUAUGAAGUAAUUAUUAUUUAUUCUUCUUUUAUUCAAAAUUUUAUCAUACCUAUUUUGGUUCUGAAUAGAUGCUGA